AUGUUAACCGAGACCACCGAGUUUUUACAAAAGCGAAAAUUGCAAGACAAGAACUUUUCGUAUGAAAUACUGAUUGUGGACGAUGGCAGCCGAGAUCGUACUGUUCAAGUAGCCCUGAACUUUGCUAGAGAGCAUCAGGACGUGGAUAUUCGUGUGCUCGCACUAGAAAAAAACAGAGGCAAGGGCGGUGCGGUAACUCAGGGCAUGCUGGGUGCACGAGGCGAAAGGUGCUUGAUGGUCGAUGCGGAUGGUGCUACACGAUUCGCGGAUUUGGAAAAACUCGAAGGUGCUCUGGAUAAAGUAUCAAAGGACGGAUAUGGAGUAGCUGUUGGAUCCAGAUCGCAUUUGGUAUCUACGGAGGCGGUUGUCAAGCGCUCGUUUGUCCGAAACUUUUUAAUGCGAUGCUUUCACAGCAUGGUCUACUUACUCGGCAUUCGAGGCAUCGAGGAUACCCAGUGCGGCUUCAAAUUAUUUACCCGCAAGUCCGCCCAGCUCAUAUUCCCCAAUAUGCACGUGGAGCGAUGGAUUUUUGACAUUGAGUGCUUGAUGAUUGCUCAGCUGUCCAAACGGAUACCCAUCCAGGAAGUCCAGGUGAACUGGCAUGAAAUUGACGGAAGCAAAAUCAACCUCAUGAUGGAUUCAGUUCAGAUGGCACGUGAUCUAUUAUUGAUACGUUUAAAUUAUGUAUUAGGCUUAUGGGCUGUGGAUGCAAAUAAAGCAAUCAAGAGCCAAUAA